CACGAAAGUCUCAACGCAGCUGAACAGAGAGAGCUGAGCUCUCGGAUGGAGAAGAAGCAGAUGAAGGAAUUCAUGACCAUGUACUCCAAACUCGUGCAGCGAUGCUUCGACGACUGCGUCAAUGAUUUCACCACCAAAUCCCUAAUAUCAAGAGAAGAAAGCUGCGUCAUGCGAUGCGUCGACAAGUACCUCAAGGGCUCUGAGAGAUUGGGUCAACGGUUCCAAGAGCAAAACGCAGCCAUGAUGCAGUCCGGUCAGCUUCCUGGCAGAUAA